AUGGCCACUUAUAUUCUCUGUCUGUCUCUGAUUCUGUUCAUCAACCAAGCUAUUCCUGCCAUGGCUGCUCAGGCCAACGAGACUGAAAUUCCUUUGGGGGCCACAAUCAAUGCAGGCGGUGUGCAAAGUUGGGUCUCACCUUCGGGGCGCUUUGCUUUUGGCUUCUAUCCUGAUGAUGAGGGCUUCUCCAUCGGAGUCUGGCUUAUCAUCGCUAACGCUGGCAGCCAAGGGAAGUUCAUAUUCGCCACCUCUACUCAGCCUGCCUCUGCUGCGAUGAUGGACAUUGGCAACUUUGUGUUGUACAACAGCCAAAAACAGGUCCUUUUGUCCACCUUUGGUUCUUCGACGGAUACCUUAUUACCAGGACAGAACCUACUUCCUGGUAGCCAGCUGUUCUCAAGUGUAUCUGAGACUAACCAUACCACAGGGGAGUAUCGGCUUUCCAACCAGCUAGAUGGCAAUCUUGUGUUGUAUCCUGUUGAUGCAGUCGACCCUGAUAGCUCAUACUGGAAUACUGGCACCUAUGGCAAUGGCUACCUCCUCACGGUUGCUUUGGAUCCCAAUGGCACACUAUGGAUGUUCGACCAACAAACAACAUAUACAAAUGUGUUGUUCCUCACAAACCAAUCUUCUAAAGCAGAUGUGUACUUCCAUCUGACAUUGGACGCGGACGGUUGCUGGAGGGUGCGGACUGGUGGCUGCACAGGGAAUAACUCUAAUGAUGGCAUCAGACGGGUAGCUACGAUGGUUGAGAUGCUUCCAAUGAGAUAUGGCAGGAGUUUAAGCCGUAGCAAUACCACGCUAUUUGUGAAGGUCUACACCUAUGAACCCAAUGGUGCUAUCAGAAAGACUAGGAGCACUGGCUCAAUUGCCAUGUUGGUAUCAGGUGCUGCAUUGGCCAUUUUCUCACUGAUUGCGGCCUCAGCAUUCAUGCUACUCUGCAAGCAUCGACUGUCAUCACGAUACACAAGGGCUCCACAACUGCAAGACUCAGAAUUUGAUGAUGACAGCAUAGCUAUUCGAUCAUAUUCUUUCCAGGAUCUGGAGAUGUCCACGGAUGGAUUUUCUAACAAGUUAGGAAGGGGCGCUUAUGGUACGGUGUUCAAAGGUGUCUUGACCAACAGUAACAAGGACAUUGCAGUGAAGAGGCUCGAGAGGAUGGCAGAAAAUGGGGAGAGAGAGUUCCAGCGGGAGGUACUGGCAAUCAGUGUGAAGGCAGACGUUUACAGCUACGGCAUCAUGCUUCUUGAGAUGAUAAGCUGCAAGAAGAGCAUGGAACUGAAGCUGGCUGGUGAGGAAUGCAACAUUUCCGAGUGGGCCUACGAGUACGUGAUAUCUGGUGACUUGAAGAAUGUGGUGGCUGGGGAAUGUGUCGACGAGGUGGAGAUGGAAAGGAUGGUGAGGGUGGGCAUUUGA